UGCAGCAGUCCAUUUUGUUUUGCAAAUGUAUCGUUGUGUACAUUUAUGUGUAGCCGUCACUGCAGUCGUUAGUACUGAUACAGUAAGAAAACAGCGUUACUGUAAUUAAUGAUGCAGGCGCUUGACAAAUAAACAUAAUAUACGGAUACGGAGUGCAUCUUAGAUUACAAUAAGUAAAGCCUGGUUGAAUUCUGUACCGUUACAAUACCCCACGUUGUUGCUUCUUCUACUGUAUGUAUAGGCAUGUGAUUUAACUUGUUAUCUGAAACUGUUCUUCGGUUAAUAUAGACGCUAGAAUUUAAUACUUUUCUUAUUAUGUAUUUCUUGAACCUGAACUGAAGCUGAAGGUGUUCACCUAAUUGCUGUGCUUGACUUACUGUAGCUAUUCUUAAACAACAUUUCAUACUGAAGUUCUAGCAACUCGCCUGUGGGAAGCGUCUCGUUACGGCCAUCUGGAGAAGAUGACAGAUCUGGUGGCAGUUUGGGAAGUGGCCUUAAGCGACGGCGUUCACAAAAUUGAAUUUGAGCACGGGACGACCUCAGGAAAACGUGUAGCGUAUGUGGAUGGAAAGGAGGCACUAAGGAGGGACUGGAUGUUCAAACUGGUUGGAAAAGAAACUUUUAGUGUUGGAGGAACUGAAACUAAAGCAACCAUCAAUAUUGAUGCAGUUAGUGGCUUUGCCUAUGAAUAUACACUUGAAAUCAAUGGGAAAAGUCUCAAAAAAUACAUGGAAAACAGAUCCAAGACCUCCAGUACAUGGGUAAUAAACCUAGAUGGAGUGGACUGUCGGAUAGUACUAGAGAAAGAUACUAUGGACAUAUGGUGCAAUGGGAAAAAAAUGGAAACUGCGGGAGAAUUUGUUGACGAUGGCACAGAGACCCAUUUUACUAUCGGAGACCAUGAUUGUUAUAUCAAGGCAGUGAGCAGUGGGAAACGAAGGGAGGGCAUAAUCCAUUCUCUAAUCGUGGAUGAGACAGAAAUACCAGAGGCAGCAGAGUGACAUUCACUUAAGUGACUGUGAUUUCGCUUUGCAAAUGUGACCAAGCCUACUGAUAAUCCCAGCUCUUAAGACUUCCAUGAAAAAAAAAUCCCAAACCGGCCCCAGAAACAGCAGCACCAUCUGCAAGUGAACCCAAUGAUUGCACAAUUGAAAUAAUGUUACAUUAUGUGCACACAGUAUGCUGCAUACAAUUAAAUGGAAUAAAAGCUGCAGUAAGCCAUUCAUUUUAACUGUUUUUGUGUAACAGGUUAUAUUUCUGAAGGAUAUAAUGUGGUGAUGAAAGUGUUCUUGUACUUCACAAAAUAUCUUGAAAGAAAUGGAUCUGGCAGCAGAGUUUUUAAUUUUGCCUUGAAUUAGACAACAAUUCAUGUAAUUAUAUUAUACCUCAUCGCAAUACAAAUUGUCUUUAUAAGAAAAAUACCUGAGAUUUAAUGUGUUGUACAAAGAGCCUCUGCUGUUGCCCAACAUUUCAUUCUGUUCUUUUGUAACCACAUAAUGUCUUGCCAGAUAUAGAGUAAACCCUGCUAAGAACAUCUAAUUAAAUUACUUGUCAUCUUUUGUAUUCCUACAUUGUAAGGACAAUGUAAGUCAUAUAUUUGCUAUUUAGCUAGGUUUUUCAAAGUUGUAUUGUACUUUAGCAGUCUGCUAUGAAUUGGGUUCAGGGACUUUGCAAAAACAUCAACAUUGCCACCAAUUAAUAUAAUGUGUCUUUUGGUCAUUUAUUUCAAACCUCUCAUUAUUUUAAGAUGGCUUCCUGAACUUUUAAAGUGAAUGUAUUUACUGUAGCUGCACACACUGAAAGUGUCUUCUGUUUUAGGUCUGAACACAUGGAUAUAUUUAUACAUGUAUAGUGUUCUUUUUCAUGAAUCAUUCUCUCGCUCAAUUUGUAUCUGAAUUACAAUUUUAAAUCUAAUGUUCUCAAAACUAUGAGAGAAUUCCUUGGGUUAAACUAUUGGGAGUUUUACCUCUAACAAAAAUGGAUAAGAAGCCUAAUUUGUGAACAAUAAUCACGUCACGUAAAAGUUUAAAAUCAGAAAAUGACAGCUAAGUAAUGUUGCAGAUAAAUUACAAGUAAGUGUAUUCCUUGUUAAAUCUGUUUAUAGGUUCCAUGACAUUUAUACAUUGUACUCGGUUGUUUCCCUAAAGUAUCAGUCUUGAGAAGAUCAAGACUGUUUUAAAUACAGUGCUCCCCUUUAUAAAGCUGUAGUUGGGAGCCAUAGUUAAGAGACUGUGCUGUUUGUGUUCCGCCUUAUAGAGGAUACUAGUGUUCGUGUAAUGGCAUUUGGGGCAAAUGGGAGUCAUGACCGUACCGCCUUAUAACCUGUUCCUUAGUAUAAGGGGGAGCACUGUACUUUCAGGAUUUACACAGAGGUGCACUAGGCUCACACCUCAGGUUUUUUUUAAAUUAUUAUCAAAUUAAAUACUGUACAUUUUAUAGAAAAGAUGAAUAGUUGGCUGAUUUAACAUUCAGCCAUUAUAAUACUUUUUAUGUAGCUUGAAACUGUAUUUGGUUUGCAACACAAUACAAGACUUUAUAAUCAAAUAUACAUGACUUGUCGGAU